AUGUCCAAAUUCUGCGUAUUCUACGGGACGUUUGUGGAUACCCCGGUUUUGGGUCAAUUGAGAAUUCGUGCCAGAACCAGCUUGGGUGUCGAUAUCAAUGGUGUAAUUAAGUUUAUAAAAGCGGAAUCCCUAAAUCCAUUGCAAGACGCGCUGGAUUUCGACCCGAAUCUAAAAUCGUGCGAAAUCAACGUGGUAGACACUUUUGAACAUCAGGGAACCUUUUUCUUCCCUGGGUUCAUCGACACACAUGUGCACGCUUCCCAGUAUCCAAACGCGGGAAUUUUUGGAUCGUCGACUCUGCUUGACUGGCUCGAAACUUACACGUUUCCUCUCGAAGCAGGCCUCAAAGACCUUGAUAAUGCUCGGAAAAUCUAUAACAGAGUUCUAGACAAAACAUUGGCACACGGAACAACCACUGCAUCCUACUACACGACGAUCGAUGCAGAUUCUUCGAAUCUGAUGGCCGAAAUAUGUGCUCAGCGAGGCCAAAGAGCACUUAUCGGAAAGGUUUGCAUGAACCAAAACUCUCCAGACUAUUACGUGGAAACGCUUUCAGAAUGCCAGCACUCACUCAACAAAGUGGUGGAUCACAUUCGGAACAAAAUUAAGGACGACAAGGUGAAGCCCAUUGUGACGCCGAGAUUCGCUCCUACGUGCACGAGCGAACUCAUGGCUUGGUUGGGUAAGACUGCGCAGGAGCACGAUCUACACAUCCAGACGCAUCUGAGCGAAAAUAAGAAAGAAUUGGAAUGGGUCAAGGAAUUGUUUUCUGAGUCGGAUUCGUAUACUGAGGUUUACGACUCUCACCAGCUUCUAACGCCCAAAACGGUCCUGGCUCACUGCAUACACCUGUCAGACAAAGAAUUGGAUAUUAUAAAGGAAAGAAAAUCCGGGGUUUCCCACUGUCCAAUUUCGAAUUCAUCGAUUACUUCUGGCGAAUGUGAAGUACGCCGCUUGCUGGAUCACGAGAUUAAAGUCGGUCUCGGAACAGAUUUGUCGGGAGGAUAUGAUGUAAGCAUACUAGCCACGGCAAGACAAGCUCUGCUUGUUUCGAGGCAUCUGGCCAUGAAGGAACCCGACGCGGCCAAACAAGAGCACCUGAAAUUGUCAGUUAAUGACGUUUUAUUUCUGUCAUCACUAGGCGGUGCCCAAGUCUUGGACAUGGAAGAAACCAUCGGUUCUUUCGAAGUGGGUAAACAAUUCGAUACACAGUUGAUAGAUCUAAAUUCUGCUGGUACGAAAGUAGAUGUAUUUGAUUGGCAAUACGCGAAAUGGAGCGAAAAGAGUCGAGACGAUGAGAAUAAAAAACUCUUCGAAGAUCUACUCGCAAAAUGGUUGUUCACGGGUGACGACAGAAACACGGUAUCGGUGUGGGUUGCCGGGAAACAGGUGUUUUCGAGCGUAAACUAG